AUGGCAUUUAAUGGUACUUGGAAAAUAGAGAGAAAUGAAAACUAUGAAAAGUUCAUGGAGGCGAUGGGUGUUAACAUGGUGAAAAGAAAGUUAGGAGCCCAUGAUAAUCUGAAGAUCACUAUUCAGCAAGAUGGAAACAAAUUUACUGUCAAAGAAUCAAGCAACUUCCGUACCAUUGAUAUUGAAUUCACUCUGGGAGCCAAUUUUGAAUACAGUCUGGCUGAUGGGACUGAACUUACUGGUUCUUGGAACAUGGAAGGAAAUAAACUUGUAGGAACAUUUACUAGAAAAGAUAAUGGAAAAGUACUCACAGCAUACAGAGAAAUCAUAGGUGAAGAACUUGUUCAGACCUAUGUAUACGAAGGAGUUGAAGCCAAGAGAAUCUUCAGGAGGGGCUAAUUCACCCAGAACAGCACCAGAAUCAAAAACCAAUGAAAAAAGACCAUUUUCCUACAUAUCUUCAGGUGUUUUUUUUUCC